AUGGCAGCCGCCAACUCGGUGGUGGAGCCGUUGGUGGGGGCGGUGGACCAGGGCACCAGCUCCACCCGUUUCCUGGUGUUCAAUUCCAAGACGGCCGAGGUCAUCAGCCACCAUCAGGUGGAGGUCAAGCUGCAGUACCCCAAGGAGGGAUGGGUGGAGCAGGACCCCGAGGAGAUCCUGCGGUCGGUGUGCGAGUGCAUCGAGAAGACGUGCGAGAAGCUGGGCCAGCUCAACGUGGACGUGUCGCGCAUCAAGGCGCUGGGCGUGACCAACCAGCGGGAGACGACGGUGGUGUGGGACAAGGUGACGGGCGAGCCGCUGUCCAACGCGCUGGUGUGGCUGGAUCUGCGCACGCAGUCCACGGUGGAGGCGCUGAGCAAGGAGAUCCCGGCCAACAACAACUUCGUCAAGGCCAAGACGGGGCUGCCGCUCAGCACCUACUUCAGCGCGGUGAAGCUGCGCUGGCUGCUGGACAACGCGCUGCGCGUGCAGAAGGCGGUGGAGGAGAAGCGGGCGCUGUUCGGCACGGUGGACUCGUGGCUCAUCUGGAGCCUGACGGGCGGCGUGCGCGGCGGCGUGCACUGCACCGACGUGACCAACGCCAGCCGCACCAUGAUCUUCAACAUCCACUCGCUGCAGUGGGACCCCGAGCUCUGUGACUUCUUCGGCAUCCCCAUGGACAUCCUGCCGCACGUGCGCAGCUCCUCGGAGAUCUACGGCCUGGUGAAGACCGGGCCGCUGGAGGGCGUGCCGCUGUCGGGCUGCCUGGGCGACCAGUCGGCGGCGCUGGUGGGCCAGAUGUGCUUCCGGGACGGCCAGGCCAAGAACACGUACGGCACGGGCUGCUUCCUGCUGUGCAACACGGGCCGCAAGUGCGUGGCGUCGGAGCACGGCCUGCUCACCACCGUGGCCUACAAGCUGGGCCGCGACCAGCCGGCCAACUACGCGCUGGAGGGCUCGGUGGCCAUCGCGGGCGCCGUGGUCAGCUGGCUGCGGGACAACCUGGGCAUCAUCAAGGAGGUGGGCGACAUCGAGAAGCUGGCCCGGGACGCGGGCACCUCGUACGACUGCUACUUCGUGCCGGCCUUCUCGGGCCUGUACGCGCCCUACUGGGACCCGAGCGCCCGCGGCAUCAUCUGCGGCCUCACCCAGUUCACCAAUAAGUGCCACCUGGCCUUCGCCGCGCUGGAGGCCGUGUGCUUCCAGACGCGCGAGAUCCUGGACGCCAUGAACCGCGACUGCGGCAUCCCGCUCAGCCACCUGCAGGUGGACGGCGGCAUGACGAGCAACAAGGUGCUGAUGCAGCUGCAGGCCGACAUCCUGUGCAUCCCCGUGGUGCGGCCCUGCAUGCCCGAGACCACGGCCCUGGGCGCCGCCAUGGCGGCGGGCGCGGCCGAGGGCGUCGGCGUGUGGCGGCUGGAGGACCGCGACGCGGACGGCGUGCCCACCGAGCGCUUCGAGCCGCAGAUCAACGCCGAGGAGAGCCGCUGCCGCUACGCCACGUGGAAGAAGGCGGUCAUGAAGUCCAUCGGCUGGGUCACCACCCAGGCCGCGGGCGAGGGGGACUCCAGCGUCUUCUGCAGCCUGCCCCUGGGCUUCUUCAUCGUGACCAGCAUGGUGAUGCUGAUCGGGGCCAGGUACAUGACCGACUUCCCGUAA